AAUCCUGGAUUUGAAUGGGCGGGCUGUGGCGAGGCGCUGGUGUUGCACUAGUGCGUCUCAGUACCUCAGUGCAGAGCUCACAGUUGAGGCAAGGCUGCUGGCAGCUCUCCCAUUCUGGACAGAUGAUGGCUGAGCAGAACAGCAGCGGGCUGUUUAACCGGACUUCACCGGACCUUGGCAGGUUUGGAAACCUCGAGGACAUCGACGUGACUGCUGACAGAAGCCCUGUCCUCAGGAUAACCAUCUCCAUCGUUUACUCUGUUGUGUGCGCAGUCGGCUUGGCCGGGAACCUGCUGGUGUUCUUCCUGAUGAGGACGAAGCGCGGCAGAAGGCGCUCCAGCAUUGACGUCUUCAUCUUCAACUUGGCUCUGACCGACUGCCAGUUUGUGCUGACUUUGCCCUUCUGGGCGGUGGACACUGCCCUGGACUUCAGCUGGCCGUUUGGAGACGCCAUGUGUAAGACAGUGCUCUCGGUGACGGUGAUGAACAUGUACGCGAGCGUCUUCUUCCUCACCGCCAUGAGCGUCACGCGCUACUUCUCCGUCGUCUCCUCCACCAAGACCCCGCAGCCCCGGCCGGUGGGCUGGGUCAGGUGGGCGUGCGCGGUGCUGUGGUUCCUGGCCACAGUGGCCACGGCUCCCACUGCCAUCUUCUCAGCGGUGACCAACGUGGCCGGAGAGAAACUUUGCCUGCUGAAGUUCCCCGCCGGACAGUACUGGCUCGCCUUUUAUCACCUCCAGAAGAUCCUGCUAGCUUUCGUGCUGCCAAUGCUGAUCCUGUCCGUGUCUUACUGUCUGCUCCUGAGGUUCGUGAAGAGGCGCAGCAUGAACAACUGCAGGUCCAGAAGGAAGCUCCGAGUGACGAAGACGGUCACUCUCAUGGUGCUGUCCUUCUUUCUGUGCUGGCUGCCAAACCAGGCCAUCACCUUCUGGGGCGUUUUAGUAAAGUUUAACGUGAUUUACUGGGACGAAGCGUAUUACACCGUCCACACCUACGUGUUCCCAGCGAGCGUCUGCUUAGCUCACACCAACAGCUGCCUGAACCCCUUCAUUUACUGCCUCAUGAGGAGAGAGUUCAGGAGGAAGCUGAAGAGCUGCGUGCUAAAGGUAGCGCCCUGCUUACUGGUGAGCUCUCAGCCCACAAACCUGAGAGACGUCAUGUCACCAAACUCAGCCAGAUAA